GAUAAAAAGAUCAGCUGGGACAGGCGCACGUACCCCCAUCAACCAUCGUCGCUUCUCUCAUCUUUGCCAUGGCCACGGCCAACAACUCCCCGGCCGUCGUUAAUAACCAUGGCCUACCGGCGACGUCGUCCAGAUCCUCCACGGAGAGCUUCACCGCCGCCCACGAUUUCGAGGUGGCCAGUUACCCGCUGCUCGACGGCUUGGGCGUCGGCAAGUACAUCAGCUCCUGCGUCUUCAGCGUCGGUGGCUACGACUGGACUAUCAGGUUCUACCCAGAUGGUGAAUCGGUCGACUGUGCCCGUAACACUUCAGCCUUUUUGUAUUGUGUCACCCAACAGGAAGGUGUGAGGGCUAAGUUCACCUUGAACACGCUGGAAAAAGAGGGCAAAGUGCUAGUAACAAGAUACGGUUUGGUGAACCACACCUUCUCUCCGCCAAGUUAUGAUUUUGGUUACUCUAAAUUCGUCGAGAAAUCGAGGCUGCUGAAAUCAUCGUCGUCCAAGGCAAACAAUGGCUACUUCAUUAUACGGUGUGUUCUUACCGUGAUAAGAGAACCACGGACCGAGGUCAAGAGGAACCUUCUUGUGGUUCCGCAGCCAAACCUGCAAGAUCAUCUCCAUCAGAUGUGGAAGGAAGGACAAGGAGCAGAUGUGACAUUCAGUGUAUCUGGCCAGUUGUUCAGCGCCCACAGAUACUUGUUAGCUGCACGGUCUCCAGUCUUCAAGGCGGAGCUCUUUGGGUCUAUGAAGGAGAGCGUGGUAGAGAGCAUCAAGAUCUACGACGUCGAGCCACCAAUCUUCGAGGCGCUUCUUCACUUCAUAUACACGGAUUCCGUCAAAGAUGAUGGGGACAACAAAGAUGAAACUGAAAAAAUGCAGCACUUGCUAGUUGCGGCGGAUCGAUACGGAUUGGAGAGGCUAAGAAUUAUGUGCGAAGACAGGCUGUGCGAUAGCAUCGAGGUGGAAACAGUUGCGACCACGCUGGUUCUCGCAGAGCAGCACCAUUGCGGCGAUCUCAAAAAAGCCUGCAUUGAGUUCAUGACCUCACAAAACAGGCUAGGAAAUAUCGUGGCAACGGAUGGAUUCAAGCAUUUGAUGGCAAGCUGCCCUUUGCUCACGAAGGAUAUUUUAGACAAGGUGUCCUGUGUCUUGAGUGGAAAGUCUCGUUUGUCUAGAAAUUAAAUGAUCAUGUCACCAGUAUGAUGUGUAAGUAGAUGAUUAUACGAUUUUCAGAUUUCAAUCAGUGUGUUGGCUUAUCUACAUUUCAACUUCAGCUAGAAUCAUGUUAUUGUUCUCCCUUUCUUGGUAUAUAAGUAUAAUCACAUCAAUAUAUAGGACGACACGUUCGCACGAGCGGAAGGCACCUACCGCUAGGGUUUCCAGUGCCCCCUGCCGGCGCUGCCGCCAGUCUGCCUCAUCUUCUCUAGCCUUAGGGCCAUGGAGACGCAGCGGAUCUCGGGCCUUGCCGGCGGGAGUGUUCCGUUUUUGGAUGUUUUUUUUUAAGUUUUGCUAGGGUUUGUGUCCUACCCAGAUAAA